AUGUUGAACCCCAAACAGAACAAAGACGCUGAAGCUAUUUGUGACGCUGCUGAGAAAUGGGGCUUCUUUCAAGUGAUCAACUAUGGAGUUGAUUUGGAUGUUCUUGACAACGUGAAGGCUGCGACUCAUAGGUUCUUUAACCUCCCUUUUGAGGAGAUGAGCAGGCUCGCAAAGGAGAAUUCUUUGUCGACCAAUGUUAGGUUCGGUACGAGUUUCAGUCCUCGUGCAGAGAAAGAUUAUCUCAGCCUCUUCUUUGUGUCCGAUACAAAAGUAUCUGAAGACUAUGAUUCUGGUGACGGUGAGGAGGAAGAGGAAGAGUUUUUUGGCUUAGAACAAGAACCAAUGCCUUCAGAGCUGAGCUCACCAAGAGGAGGAGAAGAAACCAAAGAGAGUGAGGUGGUGAAGAUUCCAGAAGAAUCAAUCCUAAAGAGGAUCAGUUCAAAGAAGGAAAGCAGAUAUUUCCAACUUAGGAAACAAAUAUCUUGCAAAUGGACAACAGGUGCAGGACCAAGGAUCGGUUGUGUAAGAUAUUACCCAUCAGAGACUCUGUUUCUCCUCCUUGUCUAG